CACUCUCUCAGUUCAUAGCCAAACAAACCAUUCCCAAUUUCUCUCUCUAAAUUCUCUCUCGUUCUCUGAAGAUCAGUAUUCGAUUGUUGAAAUGGCUCGUACUAAGCAAACCGCUCGCAAAUCCACCGGAGGGAAGGCUCCACGGAAGCAGCUGGCCACGAAGGCCGCCAGGAAGUCUGCUCCGGCGACCGGCGGAGUGAAGAAGCCCCACCGAUUCAGGCCGGGGACGGUGGCCCUGAGGGAGAUCAGGAAGUAUCAGAAAUCGACUGAGCUUCUGAUCCGGAAGCUUCCGUUCCAGAGGCUGGUGAGGGAAAUCGCUCAGGACUUUAAGACCGAUCUCCGGUUCCAGAGCGGCGCUGUUGCGGCGCUUCAGGAGGCGGCUGAGGCUUACCUUGUUGGAUUGUUUGAGGACACUAAUCUGUGUGCUAUUCACGCUAAGAGGGUCACCAUUAUGCCCAAGGAUAUGCAGCUGGCUAGGAGGAUUCGCGGGGAGAGGGCUUAAUUAAUUAAGAUGAAGAAGGUUGGUUUGGUUAUUCAAUUGUAUGUUCUGAAUGUGUUCUCACGUAGUGCCCGCUUAAAUUAGAUCUAUUGCCCAGUGAAGUGGUGUAAAUCUUUGUGUUUAUCGGUAAGAAUUUGAUGUAAACCAUCGAUUCAGUAGUAGUUUUGAUGUUUAUCAAUCAACCCAUUGCCUUAAUAUUGUUCUGUUCUUGGAUU